AAAGGACAGGCAAACUGCAGGAUCUCCUUUCUGCUCAAGAAGACAAGACUAGAACACAGGAAUUGACCUGCUUUUCUUGCAUGUAAUAUAUAAUAUACACUGAGUGGAAGGAAUCAAAAGCCAUCAGUAUGGAUUUUGUUAUGAAGCAAGCUUUGGGAGGUGCUACAAAAGACAUGGGAAAAAUGCUUGGGGGGGACGAAGAGAAGGAUCCAGAUGCCCAAAAGAAAAUGGAAGAACAGCAAGAGGCUCUGCGUCAACAGGAGGAAGAAAGGAAAGCAAAAUAUUCAAAAAUGGAAGCAGAGAGAGAAGUCAUGAGGCAAGGUAUUAGGGAUAAGUAUGGCAUAAAGAAGAAAGAGGAGAAAGAAGCCGAGGCACAAGCUGCAAUGGAGGCUACAGCUGAAGGAAGCCUGACACGUCCGAAGAAGGCCAUACCUGCUGGAUGUGGAGAUGAGGAGGAUGAAGAAGAAGAAAGCAUUCUAGACACAGUUAUUAAAUAUCUACCUGGUCCACUUCAAGAUAUGUUCAAGAAGUAA